CAAUGUAACAAUUAUAUAUCGGUGUUUGCUGGGUUCCCUCGCGAGGCUAAGAGGUGGUGGAAAUAUCGGCGAGCCGACUGUGUAUAAAAAUUUCACGAACGAAAGGGAAGGAGAGAGGACGACGUACGGAGCCGCAGGAGAAAGAGGGUGAAGUCGCGAUCUCGCGCCCUCCGAUUGGUCGCAUCCGGCGUAACCUAGCGGCCGAUUGGCUUCCCACAUGGUCACCCUGGAGGAGGGUGACCCUCGCCCUCAGGUGAGAUCCGCGGCUCGACACGCGUACACACGGCAGGUGCGUUCGCAGUGUGGCUGCGCACCCAUGCACUGUCACACGCGCCAACGGGGGUAGAGAGGACUCCCCAUAUCUUCUCCUACGGGCGUAAGAAGAAAAAGGAAGUGGCGAGAACUUGAACGAGCGGAAGAAAGAGGGAAAAGAAGAGGAAAGAAGAGACUCUCUCGAGUGUGGAGAGAAAGGGCGAAGGGAGAGACCAAAGUGGUGGGAGCGACAUUCAUCCCCGCACGCGUAUAGGGAUAUCACACGUAUACACUAGCACUAGCUGGAGUCCUCUCUCGGGGCGAGGAACCUUGCGCGGGAGCUCCAUCCUCCCCGAGGAGUCGCUCGAACACCUUGGUGGUGCACGCAAGUGACCAGCAGUGACACACACACUCUCUCUCUCUCUCUCUCGUAGGGUGACAGGAUAUACGAUACAAUCACCCUCGCUUCGUUCGUCCAGGAGAGAGUUCUUCGGGGGAGAGAGAAAUCCUGGUGAGAAAAAAAGGAAGUCAAGGACGCCGAGAGAAAGCGGAAGUCGCGUCAAGAGGAAACACCUGUCAGGAGCGCUCGCGAAGAAAGUGAGAGGAUGGUACGGAGAUUCUGCAACGGCGCGGUUGCACUUGGCAUCGCCCUGACGGCCUGCGCCGCCUUUCCGCGCGCCGUCAUGGCGAUCGACCUCAGCCGCUUCUACGGCCACAUCAACACGAAACGCUCGGAUGCUUGCCACCCGUAUGAACCGUUCAAGUGCCCGGGCGACGGUAUCUGCAUCUCGAUACAAUAUCUGUGCGACGGGGCACCCGACUGUCAGGACGGAUACGAUGAGGACUCGAGAUUGUGUACCGCAGCCAAACGACCACCCGUAGAGGAAACUGCGAGUUUUCUGCAGUCUUUGCUGGCGAGCCAUGGACCCAAUUAUUUGGAAAAGCUGUUCGGUACCAAAGCGCGGGAUACGCUGAAACCUCUCGGUGGCGUGGAAAAAGUGGCCAUUGCGCUGUCCGAAUCGCAGACGAUCGAGGACUUCGGCGCGGCGUUGCACCUGAUGCGCUCAGAUCUGGAGCACCUGCGCUCGGUCUUCAUGGCGGUGGAGAACGGCGACCUGGGUAUGUUGAAGUCGAUCGGUAUCAAGGACUCCGAGCUGGGCGACGUCAAGUUCUUCCUCGAGAAGCUCGUUAAAACGGGCUUCCUGGAUUGAACGGCACCCGUCAACGUCGCAGUCACCGACGACAGGUCGCCGUCGUCGUGUCGCAUCAGCAGACCCUUUGUUUGACAAAGCCUAAGUCUCAUUCUUCUUUUCGCGGACUCUCUCUUUCUAAGUUUCGCGGACUCUCCCUCUUUCUUUCGUCGCGACUUCUUUCUCGCGCCCGGGACACGUAGAUCUUCGCUUUCCUCUUCUUUCCUCCUUUUCUCUCGCGAAUCCUCUUCCGUUCUCGCUUUAACGCAAUCAUCGAGCACCGAGAUGAUCAUGGAGAUUUCUAGCCAGUCUGUUUAGGGAAAAUGCAGUUAUUAUCGGGAGAUGCGGCUAAUGACUUAGUUAGCUUCCAAGGUAGCAAGCAUGCGUCAUUGAACGUCAAAUGACGUCACUAGACGUCAAAGGACGUCGUUUUGACAUUUAAUGACGUCAGUUUGUUAUUACUUGGGUUAUAAUCUCUCUCUAAUAAUUAUAUUAGAUUAUUAU